UAUGUCGCGUCCACGAGAUCGCCAUCCAAACAUCUCAGCACAGAACACAUUCGCAUGUCUCAACAUACGGACGUGAACGAAAAUUGGCAUUUUAUGUGUAUGAGGUCAAGACAAAAAUGAGGCCAACCGUCUUAGGCAUCCUGAUAAUGGUCGGGUUCAGUUCUUUGUUAUCUCUUUCCACCGAAUCUUCAAAAAUAACUUUCACCAAACCUAAACCUUCAAAUAAUGUUAGUUUAACUAAUCGCACAGGAGGCCCAUCAACCAGUAUUAGCCUAACUACAAGUACAGAAAGCCAACCCACCAGCAGGUCAGGUCAAUACAGAAACCCAAAAGGCCCGUCCACCAGUACAACAGGUAGAACUAUCAGCAUGACAAGACCAUCCAAGAGAACUCCAGGUUCAACCACUAGCACAGUAAGCCUAACUAAUAAGAAAGCAAGUCAGUUCAACAGAAUAGCGGGUGGACCUACCACUAGCAGCCCAGCUACAUGGAAAAUUACUAGAAUGGCAAGUACAAACACUGGCAGAGUAACCUUGGUCACGAGCACGGCAAGCCCAUCUACGAGUCCGGCAAGCCCAUCUACCAGCACGGCAAACGCAUCAACCAGCACGUUAACCCUAUCUAGUAGCACAUCCGGACCAAAUAUUAGUCAGGCAGGUGGAACUACCAGCAGGGCAGGCCAAUCGGCGAGGACGACAGGCCCAUCCACCAGCUCAACAGGCCCAUCUACGACCACGACAACAGACCCAUCUACAAACACGACAACAGGCCCAUCUGCGAGCCCGACAACAGGCCCAUAUAAGAGCACCACAACAGGCCUCUAUACCAACACGGCAAACCCAUCUACAGGCACGGCAAGCACAUCAGGCAGCAUGGCAAGGCCAUCUACCAGCCCAGUAAGCCCAUCUACUAGCAGAGCAAACCCAUCUACGAGUACGGCAAGCUCAUCUACCAGCACGACAAGCCCAUCUACCAGUACGGCAAACCCAUCUACGAGCACGACAAGCCCAUUUAUCAACACGGCAAGACCCUCUACCAGCACGACAAGCCCAUCUACCAGUACGGCAACCACAUCUACCAGCACAGCAAGACCAUCUACCAUCAUGGCAACCCCAUCUACCAGCACAACAAGGCCAUCUACGAGUACGGCAACCACAUCUACAAGCACAGCAAGCCCCUCUACCAGCACAGCAAGCCCAUCUACCAGUACGGCAACCGCAUCUACCAGCACGGCAAGUCCCUCUACCAGCACAGCAAGCCCAUCUACCAGUACGGCAAGCCCCUCUACCAGCACGGCAAGCCCCUCUACCAGCACAGCAAGCCCAUCUACCAGUACGACAACCACAUCUACCAGGACGGCAAGCCCAUCUACCAGCACAGCAAGGCCAUCUACCAGUACAGCAACCACAUCUACCAGCACGGCAAGCCCCUCUACCAGCACAGGAAGCCCAUCUACCAGUACGGCAACCACAUCUACCAGCACGGCAAGCCCCUCUACAAGCACGAAAAGCCCAUCUACCAGUACGGCAACCACAUCUACCAGCACGGCAAGCCCCUCUACCAGCACAGCAAGCCCAUCUACCAGUACGGCAACCACAUCUACCAGCACGGCAACCACAUCUACCAGCACGACAAGCCCAUCUAUCAGCACAGCAACCCCAUCUAUCAGCACAGCAAGCCCAUCUACCAGCACGGCAAGCCAAUUUACGAGCACGGCAAACUCAUCUACAAACACGGCAAACCCAUCAACCAGCACGUUAACCCUAUCUCGUAGCACAUCUGGACUAAACAUAAGUCAGGCAGGUGGAACUACCAGCAGGGCAGGCCUAUCGGCGAGGACGACAGGCCCAUCCACCAGCUCAACAGGCCCAUCUACGACCACGACAACAGGCCCAUCUACGAGCCAGACAACAGGCCCAUCUAAGAGCACCACAACAGGCCCAUAUACGAGCACGGCAAACACAUCUACAGGCACGGCAAGCACAUCAGGCAGCAUGGCAAGGCCAUCUACCAGCCCAGUAAGCCCAUCUACUAGCAGAACAAAACCAUCUACCAGUACGGCAACCACAUCUACCAGCACGGCAAGCCCCUCUACCAGCACAGGAAGCCCAUCCACCAGUACGGCAACCACAUCUACCAGCACGGCAAGCCCCUCUACCAGCACAGCAAGCCCAUCUACCAGUGCAGCAAUCGCAUCUACCAGCACGGCAAGUCCCUCUACCAGCACAGCAAGCCCAUCUACCAGUACGGCACCCACAUCUACCAGAACGGCAAGCCCCUCUACCAGCACACCAAGACCCUCUACCAGCACAGCAACCCCAUCUGCCAGUAAUCCAACCAUAUCUACCAGCACGGCAAGCUCCUCUAGAAGCACAGCAAGCCCAUCCACCAGUACGGCACCCACAUCUACCAGCACGGCAACCACAUCUACCAGCACGAAAAGCCCAUCUACCAGUACGGCAACCACAUCUACCGGCACGGCAAGCCCCUCUACCAGCACAGCAAGCCCAUCUACCAGUACGGCAACCAGGUCUAGCAGGACGGUAAGCCCAUCUAUCAGCACAGCAACCCCAUCUACCAGUACGGCAACGACAUCUACCAGCACAGUAAGCCCAUCUACCAGCACGGUAAGCCCAUUUACCAGCACGGAAAGCCCAUCUACCAGCACGGCAAGCCAAUUUACGAGCACGGCAAACCCAUCUACUAACACGACAAACCCAUCAGCCAGCACGUCAACCCUAUCUGGUAGCACAUCCGGACCAAACAUUAGUCAGGCAGGUGGAACUACCGGCAGGACAGGCCUAUCGGCGAGGACGACAGGCCCAUCCACCAGCUCAACUGGCCCAUCUACGACCACGACAACAGGCCCAUCUACAAGCACGACAACAGGCCCAUUUACAAGCCCGACAACAGGCCCAUAUAAGAGCACCACAACAGGCACAUAUACGAGCACGGCAAACCCAUCUACAGGCACGGCAACCACAUCAGGCAGCAUGGCAAGGCCAUCUACCAGCCCAGUAAGCCCAUCUACUUGCAGAACAAAACCAUCUACCAGUACGGCAACCACAUCUACCAGCACGGCAAGCCCCUCUACCAGCACAGCAAGCCCAUCUACCAGUACGGCAACCACAUCUACCAGCACGGCAACCACAUCUACCAGCACGACAAGCCCCUCAUACAGGACAGCAAGCCCAUCUACCAGUACGGGAACCACAUCUACCAGCACGGCAAGCCCAUCUACCAGCACAGGAAGCCCAUCUACCAGUGCGGCAACCGCAUCUACCAGCACGGCAAGCCCCUCUACCAGCACAGCAAGCCCAUCUACCAGUGCAGCAAUCGCAUCUACCAGCACGGCAAGUCCCUUUACCAGCACAGCAAGCCCAUCUACCAGUACGGCAACCACAUCUACCAGCACAGCAACCCCAUCUACCAGUACGGCAACCACAUCUUCCAGCACGGCAAGCUCCUCUACCAGCACAGCAAGCCCAUCUACCAGUAAUCCAACCACAUCUACCAGCACGGCAAGCCCCUAUACCAGCACAGGAAGCCUAUCUACCAGUACGGCACUCACAUUUACCAGGACGGCGACCACAUCUACCAGCACGAAAAGCCCAUCUACCAGUACGGCAACCACAUCUACCAGCACGGCAAGCCCCUCUACCAGCACAGCAAGCCCAUCUACCAGUACGGCAACCACAUCUACCAGCACGGCAACCACAUCUACCAGCACGACAAGCCCCUCAUACAGGACAGCAAGCCCAUCUACCAGUACGGGAACCACAUCUACCAGCACGGCAAGCCCCUCUACCAGCACAGCAAGCCCAUCUACCAGUACAGCAACCAAAUCUACCAGCACAGCAAGCCUCUCUACCAGCACGGCAAGCCAAUUUACGAGCACGGCAAAUCAAUCUACCAGUACGGCCACCACAUCUACCAGCACAUCAAGCUCCUCUACCAGCACAGCAAGCCCAUCUACCAGUACGGCAACCACGUCUACCAGGACGACAAGCCCAUCUAUCAGCACAGCAAGCCCAUCUACCAGCACGGCAAGCCAAUUUACGAGCACGGCAAACUCAUCUACAAACACGGCAAACCCAUCAACCAGCACGUUAACCCUAUCUAGUAGCACAUCUGGACUAAACAUAAGUCAGGCAGGUGGAACUACCAGCAGGGCAGGCCUAUCGGCGAGGACGACAGGCCCAUCCACCAGCUCAACAGGCCCAUCUACGACCACGACAACAGGCCCAUCUACGAGCCAGACAACAGGCCCAUCUAAGAGCACCACAACAGGCCCAUAUACGAGCACGGCAAACCCAUCUACAGGCACGGCAAGCACAUCAGGCAGCAUGACAAGGCCAUCUACCAUCCCAGUAAGCCCAUCUACUAGCAGAACAAAACCAUCUACCAGUACGGCAACCACAUCUACCAGCACGGCAAGCCCAUCUACCAGCACGACAAGCCCAUCUACGAGUACGGCAACCACAUCUACCAGCACGGCAAGCCCCUCUACCAGCACGACAAGCCCAUCUACCAGUACGGCAACCACAUCUACCAGCACGGCAAGCCCCUCUACCAGCACGACAAGCCCAUCUACCAGUACGGCAACCACAUCUACCAGCACGGCAAGCCCCUCUACCAGCACAGGAAGCCCAUCUACCAGUACGGCAACCACAUCUACCAGAACGGCAAACCCCUCUACCAGCACAGCAAGCCCAUCCACCAGUACGGCAACCACAUCUACCAGCACAGCAAGCCCCUCUACCAGCACAGCAAGCCCAUCUACCAGUACGGCAACCCCAUCUACCAGCACUGUAAGCCCAUUUACCAGCACGGAAAGCCCAUCUACCAGCACGACAAGCCAAUUUACGAGCACGGCAAACCCAUCUACAAACCCAUCAACCAGCGCGUUAACCCUAUCUAGUAGCACAUCCGGACCGAACACUAGUGCGACAGGUGGAACUACCAGCAGGGCAGGCCUAUCUGCGGGGACGACAGGCACAUCCACCAGCUCAACAGUCACUUUUAUGACCACGGCAAGCCCAUCUACGACCACGGCAAGGCCUUCUACCAGGACUGCAAGCCCAUCUACGAUCCCGGUCAGCCCAUCUACCAGCACGGCAAACCCAUCUAUUAGCACCAAAAACCCAUCUACUAGCACGUCAAACCCAUCUACCAGCACGUCAAGCCCAUCUACCAGCACGUCAAGCCCAUCUAUCAGCAGGGCAAAACCAUCUACCAGGAAGGCAAGCCCAUCUACCGACUUAACAGGCCCAUCUACCAGCACGGCAAGCUCAUCUACGAGCACAGCAUCCCCAUCCACUAUCACGGCAACCUCAUCCACCAGCACGGGAACCCCAUAUACGAGCACGGUGCGCCCAACCACAAGCACGGUAGGUUCAACCACCAGCACGGCAAGCUUUAAUCAAGGCACGGCAAUCCCAACAAGAAGUACAGCAGGCUUAGCCAGCAGCAUGACAGGCAGAAUCUCCACCAUGGUAGGCCAGUCCACUAGCACGGCUGGACAAAGGACUAAAUCUGUACAGGGCACCUACAUUCCGGCUAAAGGUAAGGGCAAUUUGAAAAAAGUAUUGUACUGUCAGUGUUGGUGACUCUAAUUAUGAUCUACAGAGUUCUGUUUGUGCAUGUAGCUAAUUUUGACAUUCCACGCUAAACUAAGACUAAAGUGAGUCGACGGCACUGAAUACAUGACCAGCGCAAUAUCCCAGGAGACUCUCAACAAUGCGGUCGCUGUGAUUUUAAGUCCAGCCUAUGCUGGCUUCCUCUCCCUGGGAAUGUCUGUCAACAACCUGCACAGGGUAUAUGAAAGUCUGGUGACUGAUAAAAUGAAAUUAGUCAGACAGCCAAGGUCAUAUGUAGUUCCCGAAAGACAAUAAGCUUUAAUCACA